AUGAAAAAGAACCACCAGGAGGAAAAGGACGAUCCCGAGACCGUUCGAGAAAAUCGCCAAGUGUACAUCGAAAUGUACGUCGCUUCAGUAUCCUCGUCAAUCAAUUUCCACGAAUUCCCCACCGGCGACGUCCUUUUCAAUCACCGCCCCCGACAAUCGGAGGGCCCCAUCCGAACCAUCUCCUGGUGCAAAGAUGGAAACUGGCUGUCGGUCGUCCCGGACUCAGGCCACACUGAAAUCAUCAGCGUCAGGGGCGAACUAAAACUGCUCAAAACCAUCACCGAAAUAACCCAACCGAGCUCCGCUUGCUUCCAAAACACCACGAAAAAGUACAUCGGUAUCGGAACCGAAGGCGGCUCGGUGUUGGUUUACGAUGUAAAAUCCCAGAAGGUCAAGAAAAGAUUCUCCAGCGCUUCAAGUAGAGUCGAUCACAUCGCUUUCACCGCUAAAGACACCCAUUGCACGGUAGCCUGCAAAAAAGAUGUAUUAGUCUAUAACAACGUAACGAACAGCCCUCCGACUCGUCUCGAAGUGCCUCGAUCUAGCUACGUAACCUGCCUGAAGACCAACAUGUUAAAGACCAGCUUCGUUAUGGCCGGUAGUGAUGAGGGUAUUCUAGUCCUGUGGGACAUAAACACAAACUCGCACGUGUUCUGUUCGGAGGCCCAUCAAGCACCCGUAACAUCGUUGGCUUUUUCGCCCGUAAACCGCGACCUGGUCCUCACCGCAGGAGCCGACAGGCACUUUUGCUUCUACGAUAUCAUCGAUAAGAAACGCGUGGGGCAGGUUACAGUGGAAAAUUGUGUUACGGCUGUCGAUUUCUCCCCGGACGGAGUCUACUUUAUAACGGCUUGUCAAAACGGGCGGAUGGUUACUUACGAUUCGAGGAACAUAAAUAAACCGGUGUAUUCCGUUCAGGCCCACAACAGUUCGAUAAAACAAGUAGCGUUUCAAAACGCGGUGACUAGUCGAAACGCUAGUACUUACAGUAUAUCAUCGAGCAGUUCGAUAUCGAGUAGAAGAGGAAGUACCGGUUCCCGGUCGAAUCGGAACAACACCGAACCAUCCGAUCUAUCCGGUUGGCUAGCUUUACAACCAUCGGUGGCGCAAAACGAAGGAACUGCAUGCUCCAACGAUAGCAAAGACUCCUUCCUGGCGGCGCUCGGUGUAGACAAGCAAUUGGCUGGUUCGAUCAAAGUGGAGGGCACGCCGGUGGUUCCGAAACUCGUGCCGAAAAUCGUUACGAGUCUCGUCGAAUCCGCGGAUUCCCCGCUGGCGCUCCGGAAGCCGUUCAGUUCGACGCCCAAAGUACCGGCGAGCAGCAGGAGCGAGGCCUUCGCGGAGGCGCCUUCUACGAGCGAGAUAAAGACCAUCGUUAGGGAGUCGUUCAACGAAGAACUGAGGCACGUGUUGAGGGAUUACGUGAACGAGGGAUUGGGGAGACUCGCGGGCGAGUUGAAGGAGGCGUUCGAGUUCGAAAACGCGCGUUCGGUGUUCCAGUUGAGGGCCACGCUGACGGAGAUUCACGUGGCGAAUUUGCGGGAUUUUUUCAAAAUGGAAGAACGCUUGAAAGUGCUGCAGGAUGAUGUUCGAUUCUUGCAGGAUCAGCUGCAGAAUAUGUGCCCGAAUUUGUAAAUUACUGUUUAUUAGUAUUUUUUUACUGUUUUUUUUAUAUAUUUUUUUGCGUUAAUGUUGAAUAAUGGGAUUAAAUUAUUUAUUUCAUUGUAUUUUUUGUUUCUUU